CGUGAACUAGUGCUGGGAUUGGAUGGGGUUUUAGCUGGUUGCUUUCCAAUCCCUAGGGUUUAACUGUUCAAAUGCUCCAACAGUUGCGAUGCGGCAAGUGUAAGAUAUCAAGUGAUGGGUGGGGAAUCUACAGGAAACAAAGACUCCAUUCCCGAGGAGGAGAUGCCAUUGUUCCUGUCUGUAUCCAUGCUUCUGUGAGCUGCUUACCGAGCUCCCUGCUAAGUUGGUGCCUGAGCUGUGUCUCGCAAGUGUGAUUUAGGCUUCCAAGAUGAAGUCCAGUGCGGUUACCUCCAAAGGCAAGGCUGCAUUUGAGCUGAAGCACAGGCUGGUCCAAGCCAUUAACAAGAUUGCGGACAGAGACACCUACCAGAUUGGGUUGGAUGAGCUUGAGAAGGCCGCUGAUACCUUGGCUCCUGACAUGGUUGGCCCCUUCUUGUCGUGCGUGGUUGACACCGAUGCCGAGCAGAAGAGUGCGGUGAGGAAGGAGUGCGUCAAGGUGAUUGGCACAUUGGCUCGGUCCCAUGGAGGCCUAGUGGCACCACACAUGGCGAAGAUGGUGUCUAGCAUUGUCAAGCGCCUCAAGGAUGCGGACUCUGUUGUUAGGGAUGCCUGUGUUGAUACUUGUGGUACUCUUGCAGUUUGUGCUAGAGACUAUGGGGACGGUGGAGCUGCGUUGGUUGCAUUGGUGCGGCCCUUGUUUGAAUCACUUGGUGAGCAGAAUAGGUAUGUUCAGGCUGGGGCUGCGUCGUGCUUGGCCAAGGUUAUUGACGAGAGCAAUUACUUUCCUGGCCCUGUUCUCCCGCAGAUGCUUGUUCGUGUUGUUAAACUGCUCAAGAAUCCCCAUUUCAUGGCAAAACCUGCAGUGAUUGAGUUGAUCAGAAGUAUUAUUCAGGCUGAAGGUGCUUCUACAGAGCAGUCUUUAGCAUCUGCUCUAACAAGUAUUAUGGAUGCCCUGAAGAGCAGUGACUGGACUACAAGGAAAGCAGCUUCGCAAGCUUUAUCAAGUAUUGCUGUUAGUUCUGGAUUCCUGGUUGCCUCCUUUAGAACUUCCUGCCUUCGCUCCCUUGAACGUUGUAAAUUUGACAAGGUCAAACCAGUGCGUGAUGCAAUUACCCAAGCCAUUCAGUUGUGGAAGGCUAUUCCAGGGUCUGAUACUCCUGAGCCAUCAGAAGCUGGAUCAUCCACAAAAGAAAACUUCUUUGGUGACCAUCAUGAUACGAGCAGUAUAUAUGAUGGUGGAUCAAGAGAUACUUCUUUCAGGAGAGUUGAUCAUCUAUCUUCUGUAUCUGCUAUCAGUGGCAAUUCUAUUACUUCAUCGAAGAAGAGAUCUCCUUUGUCUAUCAACAAAAUAGCCCUGAACAAUGCUGCAAAUCAGCAACGCUCGAAGUUGAGUGAUUGGCAUGUUGAGAUUUCUGUUCCUAAGCAGAAUAUGAUUCCAUUAGUUCAUUUCGAAGAAAAGGCAUCUGGCAACAUUAGCAUGCUAAAGGAUUCAAAGAGAAGCCCAUAUGACAUUGUGGACGAUGACAGUAAGUUUGACUAUGACCCCAUGGAUGAUAAACAAGAUUGCUCUUCUGUGUCAGAAGUAGCCAGCAGGAGUUGUGAGACAAAGCAUGUAACUUCUGCUCAGGAGUGCAUUGAGGACUGUGAUUCUGCAAGACUCAAUGAGCAAUUCCCUAGGGCUCAAAAGAGUAAGAGCAUAGACUCCACUGUUACAGAUAGCACCUCACAUGGGGUGCAUACUUGUUGUCUGAGUGCAAUGAAAGAACUUGCUCAUAUAAGGACGCAACUUCAAGAAAUGGAGAGGAAACAAGCAAAUAUCUUUGAUAUGUUGCAGGAAUUCAUGUCUAACGCAGUGGAGAACAUGUCAGUGUUAAGCAUGAAAGUGCAUAAUUUGGAGAAUGCUGUGGAUAAAACUGUGUAUACAAUUACUCAAAGUGAAAGCCGCUAUCACCUUCCUGGCUCCAAGUUUGUUAAGAACCAAAGUGCCACUUCUUCACCAAGGGUUUCUUCUUCUACACCUAGAUCAUCUGUGGAUGCUAACUACAAGCCACCAUCAAUUGCACAUUUGAAACAAGAGAAAAAGUGGAUGCACGAUCAACCAUUAAAGGGCUUAAGCAUGAGUGUAAAAGAGGGAGAAUUUCUGAAGAGUCAUACUCAUGACAAAACUAGAAAGCCUGGGGUUGUGAGAUCGGAAAGUACUUUGGGAAGAUAUGCUCCAAGCUCAGCAAGGACUCGAGCAUCAGUGGUUAAGGGAAACUUUCCAGUUUCACUUACCGAUUCUUGUGAGCAGCCUGAGCUGCAAAAUGCAUUAUGUGCUUCGAAAGAAGUUGAUGAGUUUCAUGGUGCUGAUGACAUGGAGUCUGCAUAUGUAGAAGCCCUGAAUAGUGGUGAUUGCGAUUAUCUGAUUGACCUAAUGGAUAGAACUGGACCUGUUCUUGAGAAAUUAUCACGUGAAACGACAAAUGAACUUUUGAGGGUUAUAGUUGGCCAGUUCCUGAAUAAAAAGUUCUUUGAUUUGGCACUGCCAUGGCUUCAACAGGUAACAGAUUUAAUCAUGAUUUAUAAGCCAAGCCAACUUUUUGUGUCUUUGAGGGCGCAAAAGGAGUUCCUUGCUUUAAUUGAGGAAGCUGCAACAAGUGGAUCUACAGAGCCAGCGAUCAGAAUUGCUAUUGCAAAGCUUGCAUUUAAACUGACAAAAGUUUGUGAGGUUGCGCCAUGCAGGAAAGUUUCGACUAGAGUGUGCAGGGGAAAUGAAACUAUCAUGGCCACUGCGAUGUGAAAUACUGCAUCUAGCAAUGUAACCUGCUUUAUGUUCAAACUUCAAAUCAUGCUGCAGUAACCGGGUGCGCUUAUUUCUUUUGUUUUGUUGUAGCCCUGUGUGACAAUGCCUACUCGGUUUGAGUACUAUGUGCAAGACUAGAUGAAUUAUGCAAACUGAUCCAUAGUUUGCUAGUUAAACCUGUAGUACCUUUCGUUGCUAGGAAACUGCUGUUUUUAGCAGUGCAAUUGUGAGAUUUGCUCUCGUAAGUGGUGACCAUUGAGUUUGUGAAUGUAUUCUAUCCCUUUUGAAAAGAGGAUUCAUGCUUCGUCAGCAAUGCUUGUUACUCAACUUGAGAUUGCCCAGUAGUUGUAUGCUCAGGUAGAUGACUUUGC